AUGCAUCAGCGUGAACUAUCAGAUGAGGCAAAUGCUCCAAAGUCUGCACAUGUCGCUGAUCCGUUUCUUCAGCCCUUUCUACAGGCUUCUUACGACCCGGCUGAAUACCUGAAUGCCAAGUUACCCUGUCUCAAUACCGUCGGUACUGUAUCAGCCGGCACAAGCGACGGUGUCAAUAUGGCAGAACUUUAUACGCAAGCACAGACGAUCAUCUCCCAGCUCAGCGCUCAUACAACGAGACUAACAACGACUCUUACACAACUCACCGAUGAGAUACUUCGAAACGGUAGCAAACUAGCAUACGAAGUCGAAGUACUUCGAGGUGAGACUCUUCUACUUUCAGAAAAUCUCACCGAUACUCUACAUGAUGAUAUCGUUAAGUUUGUCCCGGCUGGCUUAGAAACAGAGUUACAGAAUGUCGCAGGGAAAGACUUGGAGAUAGAUCAAGAUGCGACAUGUAUGCAAAAAACUAUCGUGCAAACAGCUUCGCCCGAAGAAAGAGCUCCUGACAUGGCCGAAGAACCCUUCAUAGAGCGACUCCGCACUCUAACUCUCGUUCGCACGCGACUAGAGAUGGUCAUCAAGACGUUUGGAGAGGCUAUGGCUUGGACUUUACCGCCUUCGGAAGUCUCAGUUGCCUCAUCUUUCAUCUCCCUCUCGGCGCCAGAGUCCGGCUCAGAGGCCUACAGUAUAGAAGAAAAAGGACAACAGGAUUUGAAGAAUCUUCGAAAUGAAAUCUCCACCUUACUAAAUCGCGGUGACCCGAUCGAUGAUAUUGAGGCGGCCACCAAGCGAGUUGAGGAACUUAAAGAACUGGCCAUUGUGUGGAAGGGUACAUCAGAGGAACGAGCAAGAGGCAAAUUUGUCGAGAGUCUUGCCAAAAUGGUGGAGGAGAAGCACAGACAAUUACUACGAAAUGUAGAAGAUGACUCGCGUCAACAUCGGAUUGAGAAAAAAAUAGUUGAAUCUCAUCCGGAAAUUGGCGAAAGUAAUUUCCAAAAUGGGUUUGGAUUUAUGAGUCAGUUACAAAAGCUUCGUGGCGCUCCUUGA